UCCAGCAUUUCAAGCUGAUCUUCUAACCAACUUAAUAGCUGCAAAUCAUGGCCAUGUCAACUAUGGUCUAUAACCAUCUUCCAACCACUUUAAACACCAGUUUCAAUCGGGUUCCUACCAUCUUUGCCCCUCAAAAUGUUGUUCUAGGUCAUCCCAGAACUAAGAUGUCGAAUCCUGGUAUUCGUCUAGCUGAAUCAUUAUCACACCUUCUCCAUCUCCAUAUUGAAACUCCUUCAAGGAAAAAUCCUCAAUUUUCCAAUUGGGAUUUGCUUAGUGAAGAGAAACAUAAUACCCCAACAGUUUCUCCCAAGGAGGUUAUUGCUGAUAGAUGGUGUGAAAUUCAUGGUAAUAAGGAUUGGGACAAUCUUUUAGACCCCCUUCACCCUUGGCUACGGCGGGAAAUUGUCAGGUAUGGAGAGUUUGCUCAAGCGACAUAUGAUGCUUUUGAUUUUGACUCCUUCUCAGAGUAUUGUGGUAGCUGCCGGUACAAUCAUAACAAGCUUUUUGAGAAAUUAGGCCUUAAUAAAAAUGGUUAUGAGGUGACCAAGUACAUUUAUGCUAUGUCACACAUUGAGAUGCUACAGUGGUUACAGAGGUCAAAUUUAACGGAAACCUGGAGCAAGGAUUCCAACUGGAUGGGCUACGUGGCAGUUAGCGAUGAUGAGGAGACAUGUAGGAUUGGACGAAGAGAUAUUGUGGUGGCUUGGCGGGGUACGGUGGCACCAUCAGAGUGGUAUGAGGAUUUUCAGAGGAAACUGGAACCAAUCGGGCUUGGAGAUUCUAAAGUUGAACAUGGUUUUCUUAGCAUUUACACUUCAAAGAGUGAAUCCACAAGGUACAACAAGUCCAGUGCUUCGGAGCAAGUAAUGAAAGAAGUGACAAGACUAGUGAAAUUCUAUGAAGGAAGAGGUGAAGAAGUGAGUUUAACAAUCACCGGCCAUAGCCUGGGUGGUGCGUUGGCUCUCCUUAAUGCCUAUGAAGCUGCAGCUACCCUUCCAGGCCUUCCUGUGAGCGUGAUUUCCUUUGGUGCACCUAGAGUUGGGAACAGUGCCUUCCGGGAUGUGCUUGAUGAAUUAGGAGUCAAAACAUUGAGAGUGGUAAUCAAGCAGGAUUUAGUCCCCCGAAUGCCAGGGGUUGUUUUUAAUGAGAGUUUUCAGAAGUUUGAUGAUAUAACUGGAACAUUAGAGUGGAUUUACACACAUGUAGGAACUGAACUGAGACUGGAUGUUAGUUCAUCACCUUACCUCAAGCGCGGAUUCAAUCCAUUAGGAUUCCAUAGCCUUGAGACUUACCUUCACCUCAUUGAUGGUUUCCUAAGUACAGACUCAGAGUUUAGAUCAGAUUCACGUAGGGAUAUUGCCUUGGUGAACAAGGCAUGUGAUAUGUUGGUGGAUGAGCUAAGGAUCCCUCAUUUCUGGUACCAACUGGCCAAUAAAGGAUUGGUUUGUAAUGAACGUGGCAGAUGGGUUAAACCAAAAAGAGACCCUGAAGACAUUCCCUCACCUAUAGGGUAAGCAUGUGAUCAUGACCUCAAAAUUGAGGUGCAGGAAAGUUACCAAAUAUUCUGUACAAGCUAAAAACAUGAUUAUACCAGAAAUGUAAAGCAUUUUUUUAAAUUCUUUCCCUGCACAUUUAUUUUCUUAAAUAGUCAAAAAUUCUAGAAACACCAUAUAAAGAUGCAUAAUGAACCAGCAUACAAGUUGGCGGCAUUAAAAUUAAUGGACUGAAUUCAGCCAUUCUAAAGCAAAAUUCACACAUGGCAGAACAAACUAUGCACAUCUCAGACACUUUGAAACAUUGAACAGAUCUUCUGACAUUUGAAAUGAAGUUUCACCAAUCCCUGAGUGUUGAGCAAAGAUAUAAGGUAGCUUGUUUUAUUCUGAAAACAUAUUUAAUCAUAGCAUAGGCUCAUUAUUAUUAU